UGAGUUAACAGAAUGGCCUUAUAAAAAGUAUGUCUUAUAAAUGUGUAAGUGUAAUAACUUAACAAUUUUUUAUUAGUUUUUAUGGUCAAUGUUGUGGAAAAUCCGUUAUAGAGUACAUACUUUUAUUUAAGUCAAUAUUUUUCUAUGGGCGAAACGCGAAAAGUUUUUUGACUGUUGUAAAAUGGCGUCUGUGCAAGAGCCUGUUGUUGAACCAGUAAUACAAUCUUCAUCUGCAUCAAAUUUGGAAAAAAUAGAAAGUUUCCUAAAUACAAGUGAAUAUCGUGAAAUAAUUGAAAGUACCUCAUCAUAUAAUAACCGAUUAUGUGCCGACCGUCGUAUGAGAAUCCCUUGGUUGGACAGUCAAACAGGUGUUGCACAAAAUCAUUCAGCCUUGUUGAUGUCACGUAGACAAAGAAUGCCUCCUUUAGCACCAGGUCAAAUUUAUACAUAUCCUAGAGCAAGGUGGAGGAAAAAACGACGACAAUAUUUAAUAAUAAAUUCACGAAUUCUUUCUCGUGCCACUGAUUUUAUAGAUGGUGAAGGAGAUUUGCAUAGUAUUUCUCAGAUGGAAAAUCCUGCCUUACAAGAUACUGAUAGCAAAGAUAGCCAAUUAAAGGAAGAAAAGGAAUGGUACUAUGAUGACUCAGAUAUGUUAGAAUUGGAUGGAUAUGAUGAACCUGAUGCUGAUUCUGAUUUUGAUUACGAAGAGAGCUAUACAAAACGAAGGAAAAGGGGGCGUGGCUAUAAGAGAGGUUUGGAUUCGCCAAGUACACCUCGUCGUGGUAAAGGUGGAGGUCGUGGACGAAAACGUAGUCUUUAUAAUUUCGAUCCAACUCCUGGAGAUACGGAUAAACCAUUUGCUUGUGAUCUGUGCAGUGCUCGCUAUAAAACACGCCCAGGUCUCACUUAUCAUUACACUCAUUCCCAUCGUGAUCCACCAAAUUCUGAUGAAAAUUCCCGUGAUUCACCCAGUUUACGGGUACAUACACCAAAUCAAGUACCAUCUCCACAACCCCCAGGCAAUGCUCCUUUACUCCCAUCUGUUCUCCCAUCAACAUCUGCCACGGCCGCAUCAAUGGGUGGGCCAGGACAAUCUCUACAGGGGCCUGAUGCUAGUUCUACCUCCUCAACUUCAAGCAAUUCUGUUUAUCAAGACAGCUAUGUUACUUUUCUAAAUCAUCCAACGUCUGGAACACCACAAACCACUGGCCGAGGACGUGGACGUCAACCUAAUAAUCCAUCAAUGCAUAUUUUAUCUGGAAAUCAAGCUCCACCUUCCUUACCACCUAAUCCACCAAUAACAGCAUCAACAUCAUCCAACAAUCCUGAUGAUCCACCAAUGCCUGUUUUAGUACCAGAACGUAAAAUUGGACCACCGAACACAUCUGAUUCGAAUUCCAACCAUAGUGUUGGAUCAAACUCGAAUCCAGGAUUGCCUAGUGAACGAAUUAAAACGCCAGAUAGUGGAUCAAACAGUAAUUCGGCACAAACAAGUGCUGGUAGUAUAAUUAAUGAUCCAGCAACAUCUGGCAAAGAAAAAGCAGCACCAAGUCCAUAUUGCGAUUUCUGUUUGGGUGACGCUAAAGAGAAUAAAAAGACCGGUACUUCAGAAGAAUUGGUUUCUUGUUCAGAUUGUGGACGAUCAGGACAUCCAACCUGUUUACAGUUCACAGCAAAUAUGAUUAUAUCUGUUCGUAAGUAUAGAUGGCAAUGUAUUGAAUGUAAAUGCUGUUCAAUUUGUGGUACAUCCGACAACGAUGAUCAAUUACUAUUUUGUGACGAUUGUGAUCGUGGCUACCAUAUGUACUGUUUAAAUCCACCGUUAUCUUCACCACCAGAGGGAUCAUGGUCGUGUCGUUUAUGUAUUGCUGAAUUUCAUAAAUAAUAAAAUCGCUUAUUUUAAAUUUACUCAACAAAUAUAUUAUUUAAAAUUAAGCAAAUUUUAUGUAAAUAUACUUUUAAAUUUUCAAAUAGGACCUUAAAUUUAUUUUUG